AUGCCACGAACAACACGAUCGUCCAAAGCCGUGGCAACGGCCAGCGCAGAUUCAAAGGAUGCGAAAACCAAGACCAAGAGCACCUCCAGUAACAGCUCAAUCUACACCCUCGCGCCCGAGCUCGACUCCCCUCCCACCAUCUUCAUCCUCCCCAAGUCCGCCACGCCCGAAUCCCGCAUCGUCACCCUCCAAAACCCUCGCUAUGGCAAACCAACCCGCUACCUCGUCUGCCCCUCCACCGGUUUCUACGAGUUCACCAAGAUGGCCUCGCCCGAGAAGUCUCCACGCAGCUGGCUAAUCGACGGCACCACCAACCCCCACAUCCCCGCGCAAACAACAAAGGACUCGGAGCUCUACGUAGCAACACCCAUCGACCCGCUCUUCCUCGUGCUGCCCGCUUUAGCAGCCAAGAUCACGGAUAAGAAACGCAUGUUUUUGUCAAGCGACGACCAUUUUGACGCCGUAUCGGAGCAGGACAGCGGUUCAGGGCGCCGAAAAAAUCAUUUGUUGGAAGUUCUCAAAUGGCCUCAAGCGCGUAAACUGCUGGAAUCCCGCAUGGCGAGCGUUUGCGAUACCGUCGAAGCGGGCGAUGAGAUCAUGUUCCGACUUAACGAGACGAAGCUCGUGGAAGAGCUGUUGAUGAAAGCUAAACGCAUGAGCGAAGACGGACUGCCGAAGAGUAUGGAGGAGAAGUUUGUGACCAAGGCGUUGGAAGCGCCGAUUGUGGGGAUUAGGUCGACGGUGGCCCUAACGAGGUCGAGUACGACUGUUACUGUUGAGUCGCAAGAGGGGGAAGAAAUGACCGAAACGACGACAACGAAGACGUCCCUCUCCGAAGCCACUACCGCCGUCGCCACGCCCACCAACGAAGUCGUCGCCUCCCUGAUUCCCACGCCAGAAAUCCUCAACCUCCAACGCCUCCGCGUCUCCCUCAACUUCCUCACCUCUUCUUACCUCCCCCCUUCUCUGUCAUCGCACCUCAAAUCUUCCCUCUCCAAUCCUUCUGAUUUCAGCAGGAAGCGGAUAGCGGGCGACGAAGAGGACGCGUUUGAGAGGGCGGAGAAGAGACGCAAGAAGGAAGAAGAGGAAAAAGUGAAGAAGGCGGGUGUGAGUAGGGGCGUGAAGGAGCUGGCCAAGGUUAAUACGAGGGGGAUGAUGAAGUUGACUAGUUUUUUUCAGAAGAAGACGUGA